GGCCGCAAAACCUUAUUAUUAUUUUUCUCCGCAAAGGCAUUGGUUGUUUCCGGACGCGGGAUAUCAGAAUUUGGAUCUCCUUCGUUCCUGAAUCUCUCAAUGCUUCAAUAUUAUGAAAUUCUAUUAAUUUCAAUACAAGAACAAUUCAUUCAACAUAAUCCAAAUAUUUCCAUACUUCACUCUGCUUUUCUCUCCCUGCCUAGGGUUUAACUACGCCUUUUCUUCACAAUGUCAUUUUCGUUGUUCUCCACGCCUCAGCAACCGCAACAACAACAACAACUCUUUCAACCACAGCAACAGCAACAAUCUCCUUUUCAGCACCAGACUAAUUUGUUCCAGCAGCAACAACAACAGCAACAGCAAUUUCAACAGCAGCAGCAACAACAACAAUUUCAAGCACAACAGCAGCAGCAGCAGCAGCAGCAACAAUUAUUUUUGUUCACUAACGAUAGAACUCCUGCUAGUUACAGUACUAAUUGGGCGGAUCUACAUCCUGAUUCUCAGAAGAUUCUACUUCAAAUCGAGGAACGGAUAUUGGAAUAUAGAGAUGAAAGCCAGAGACUUGACCAGUGUAAUCGUCUUUAUGAUUCUUCAGUUUUCAAUGAUGGAUUUGAGGUUGAUGCAAGCCAUAUUGUUCAGGAACUUGGUGGAAUCGGAACUGCUAUGGAACGGCAGAAAACUUUGCUACAGGAACUGAUGUCAGUUGUUAAGGAUAUGUUACGUAAUACAGAGGUUGCUGUUCGUUCAUUUAUGAUGCUACGUACAAGGUUCCUUCAUCCCAGUGGGGGAGCAUCAAGUGCCACUGCCCCAUCACAGACCCCUGGAACAACGAGUAGCCAACCAACAGCUACAUCUAUAGUACCCGUUUUUGAUUUCUACAGUGGUCUUCCAAAGAAACCAUCACCCUUUUUACAGCAAACUGUACUUAGAUUUGAGAAAUAUAUUGGUGAAUGCCAUCAGUGGAUUGAAGAGUUAGAGCAGCUGCUUCUCCUAGACUCCGAAAAAAAUGCUUCCAGUAAUGGAUCCUCAUUAUUGCAAUCUCUUCCCAAAGUCAUGACAAAUGUGCAUGACUUUUUUGUACAUGUUGCUGCAAAGGUGGAGAGCAUUCACCAGUACAUUGAAUCUAUGAAAUCAGCAUACCUAGCUGAUCAGCGCCGACGAGGGGAGGUGAAUGAUCCAUUUCUAGAGGCUGAUCGGCGAGAAACUGCAAGACAAGAAGCAGCCUCCAAAAGAGUUCAUCCAACAUUACAUUUACCUGCAAAUUCACAACCCUCAACUCAAGUUGCUGGGUUGUUUUCCAGUUCAGGAACUCAAGGAGCAUUGACUGCCCAACAGACCCCUGCAACAACUUCAUCUUUGUCAACAGGAAGUGGUUUAUCUCUUUUUAGCACACCGGUGUCUUCUGCCCCAUCAUCUUCUAUGUCAUCUUUGUUUACAACACCGACAACUCCUGCUCCAGGAGCCUCAUGGUUUGCAUCAUCUAGUGCUACACCUCAAACCUCACUUUUUGGUUCCGCAUCAUCAUCCUUACCUGGUGCCACAUCAACUCCCUCUCUGUUCAGUAAUGCUACUCCAUUGUUUAGUUCAACUCCGGCCGGAGGUUCACUCUUUUCAACUCCGUUUGCUUCAGGUACUCCUACAGGAUCAGGAGCGAGCUUUGGGGCUGGAUCAAAAAAUCCAAGGCCAAAAUCCAGAACUGCUCGGCGCUAAUAGAAUUGAUCUGAAAUUGUGAAGUUGAUGGGGUCCUUUUCUACUACCAAACAAAUAUGAAUGUACCACUUGAAAUAUUGGUCUUUCCUUGUUAGAUGGUCUUAAAAAUGAUUUUUGCUUUUAAUCUGAUGUCUUGGAAUGUGGAUGUCGCAUUGAGGGCACUGGAUAUGCAUAUUGACAUCUGGAUUCUGCCUUGUUUCAGUCCGUUGCGAGUGCUUCCAUUAGGCAUUUACAGUGGGUUAUUGUUGAACCCAUUUUCUUUAACAUUUGUUUAGGUUAGGUUAUUUUGAAUUUUAAAUUUUCCCGAAUUAUAGCUAGCUUAUCUAGCUUAUUUUAUGAACCAAUUUGUAGCAAUAGCAUCUUUCCUGGUUACAGUUUGAGCUUGAUCCAUCAUUCCUUGUUGUAAAAGAUAUCAGAUCCUUGGCAGUUUUAUGGCCCCGUGUCACUGAUAAAGUUCAAUGUGGAUAAUUGGCCUUUGAUUUUUAUUUUUACAAUGCUGGAAGUUAAUUUAAA